CCCAGAUGACUGCCUCCUCACUUCCUCCCUCCCGAUUCCGCCGCGGCCCCCAAAGACUCUCGGGGUGGCCCCUUGUCCGCACCGCUUGGAGGGAGUGUGCUCUGAGUUAAGCUGGUCUCUUCUGGUCCUGGAAAAAAAUGAGUAUUGACAAGGUUGCUGGAUCUGCGCAGAAAAGAAAGUGCCACUUAAUAAAAAAUUUAGCCCGGCAAUGGUACCGUCUGCAGAGCUUGCUGCCCUUGGACGUUAGCAGGAAGCCUUCGGGGUGCUGUUGUAAUCGGCGGGCAGAGGAGAGGGAGAUCGCGGAAUUAAAAGGAACAAAAGCUAGAGCGCCAUGCCAAACGUCCCCGGCAAGACCCAGUUAGGCAGGAGCCGGGAGUGAUGGGAAAAUGAACUAGAAUACGAUGAGCUGCCCCAUUACGGCGGGAUGGACGGAGUAGGGGUUCCCGCUUCCAUGUACGGAGACCCUCACGCGCCGCGGCCGAUCCCCCCGGUUCACCACCUGAACCACGGGCCGCCGCUCCACGCCACACAGCACUACGGCGCGCACGCCCCGCACCCCAAUGUCAUGCCCGCCAGUAUGGGAUCCGCUGUCAACGACGCCUUGAAGCGGGACAAGGACGCGAUCUAUGGGCACCCGUUGUUUCCUCUGUUAGCUCUGGUCUUUGAGAAGUGCGAGCUGGCGACCUGCACUCCCCGGGAACCUGGAGUGGCUGGCGGAGACGUCUGCUCCUCCGACUCCUUCAACGAGGACAUCGCGGUCUUCGCCAAGCAGGUUCGCGCCGAAAAGCCACUUUUUUCCUCAAAUCCAGAGCUGGACAAUUUGAUGAUACAAGCAAUACAAGUACUAAGGUUUCAUCUUUUGGAGUUAGAAAAGGUCCACGAACUGUGCGAUAACUUCUGCCACCGAUACAUUAGCUGUUUGAAGGGGAAAAUGCCCAUCGACCUCGUCAUUGAUGAAAGAGACGGCAGCUCCAAGUCAGAUCAUGAAGAACUUUCAGGCUCCUCCACAAAUCUCGCUGACCAUAACCCUUCUUCUUGGCGAGACCACGAUGAUGCAACCUCAACCCACUCAGCAGGCACCCCAGGGCCCUCCAGUGGGGGCCAUGCUUCCCAGAGCGGAGACAACAGCAGUGAGCAAGGGGAUGGUUUAGACAACAGUGUAGCUUCACCUGGUACAGGUGACGAUGAUGAUCCGGAUAAGGACAAAAAACGCCAGAAGAAAAGAGGCAUUUUCCCCAAAGUAGCAACAAAUAUCAUGAGAGCAUGGCUCUUCCAGCAUCUCACACAUCCGUACCCUUCCGAAGAGCAGAAGAAACAGUUAGCGCAAGACACAGGACUUACAAUUCUCCAAGUAAACAACUGGUUUAUUAAUGCCAGAAGAAGAAUAGUACAGCCCAUGAUUGACCAGUCAAAUCGAGCAGGUUUUCUUCUUGAUCCUUCAGUGAGCCAAGGAGCAGCAUAUAGUCCAGAGGGUCAGCCCAUGGGGAGCUUUGUGUUGGAUGGUCAGCAACACAUGGGGAUCCGGCCUGCAGGUUUGCAGAGCAUGCCAGGGGACUACGUUUCUCAGGGUGGUCCUAUGGGAAUGAGUAUGGCACAGCCAAGUUACACUCCUCCCCAGAUGACCCCACACCCUACUCAAUUAAGACAUGGACCCCCAAUGCAUUCAUAUUUGCCAAGCCAUCCCCACCACCCAGCCAUGAUGAUGCACGGAGGACCCCCUACCCACCCUGGAAUGACUAUGUCAGCACAGAGCCCCACAAUGUUAAAUUCUGUAGAUCCCAAUGUUGGCGGACAGGUUAUGGACAUUCAUGCCCAAUAGUAUAAGGGAACUCAAGGGAAAAGGAAACACACGCAAAAACUAUUUUAAGACUUUCUGAACUUUGACCAGAUGUUGACACUUAAUAUGAAAUUCCAGACAGCUGUGAUUAUUUUUUACUUUUGUCAUUUUUCAUCAAGCAACAGAGGACCAAUGCAACAAGAACACAAAUGUGAAAUCAUGGGCUGACUGAGACAAUUCUGUCCAUGUAAAGAUCCUCUGGAAAAAGACUCCGAGAGUUAUAACUACUGUAGUAUAAAUAUAGGAACUAAGUUAAACUUGUACAUUUCUGUUGAUCACGCCGUUAUGUUGCCUCAAAUAGUUUUAGAAGAGAAAAAAAAAUAUAUCCUUGUUUUCCACACUAUGUGUGUUGUUCCCAAAAGAAUGACUGUUUUGGUUCAUCAGUGAAUUCACCAUCCAGGAGAGACUGUGGUAUAUAUUUUAAAACUGUUGGGCCAAUGAGAAAAGAACCACACUGGAGAUCAUGAUGAACUUUUGGCUGAACCUCAUCACUCGAACUCCAGCUUCAAGAAUGUGUUUUCAUGCCCGGCCUUUGUUCCUCCAUAAAUGUGUCCUUUAGUUUCAAACAGAUCUUUAUAGUUCGUGCUUCAUAAGCCAAUUCUUAUUAUUAUUUUUGUGGGACUCUUCUUCAAAGAGCUUGCCAAUGAAGAUUUAAAGACAGAGCAGGAGCUUCUUCCAGGAGUUCUGAGCCUUGGUUGUGGACAAAACAAUCUUAAGUUGGGCAGCUUUCCUCAACACAAAAAAAGUUAUUAAUGGUCAUUGAACCAUAACUAGGACUUUAUCAGAAACUCAAAGCUUGGGGGAUAAAAAGGAGCAAGAGAAUACUGUAACAAACUUCGUACAGAGUUCGGUCUAUUAAUUGUUUCAUGUUAGAUAUUCUAUGUGUUUACCUCAAUUGAAAAAAAAAAGAAUGUUUUUGCUAGUAUCAGAUCUGCUGUGGAAUUGGUAUUGUAUGUCCAUGAAUUCUUCUUUUCUCAGCACGUGUUCCUCACUAGAAGAAAAUGCUGUUACCUUUAAGCUUUGUCAAAUUUACAUUAAAAUACUUGUAUGAGGACUGUGACGUUAUGUUAAAAAAAAAAGGUGUUAAGUCACAAAAAGCGGUAAUAAAUAUUUCAUUUUUGAUUUUU